GCCAGGUCGCGCGGACUCGGGUCGGGCCGCGGGUGCCGGGAGGUGGCCAGGCCACCCGCGCCGCCGCCCCCCGUAUGACGCACGGAGGGGCCGGGACGCAAUUUGCAGCGAGUGACUGGAGCUGCUGUUGCCGCCGCCGCCACCGCCGCCGCCGCCCGGGCCCGCUCCGCCCCCAGCCCGCCUUCCUCCCGCCUCGCCCUCCGCCUCCGCCCGCGCCUCGCUAGCGUCCCGGUGUCCUCCCCAGCGCCCCGGAGCCGCCGGCCGCCAGUGCCAGCGCCAGCCAGAGGUGAGGACAUUUCCUGGAGUGAAAUGGAGGCCUCAGUAAUAUUACCCAUUCUGAAGAAAAAACUAGCCUUCCUUUCAGGAGGAAAGGACAGACGAAGUGGCCUCAUUCUGACAAUUCCAUUAUGCCUUGAACAAACAAACAUGGAUGAGCUGAGUGUCACUUUGGACUACCUGCUCAGCAUUCCAAGUGAAAAAUGUAAGGCUAGAGGAUUUACUGUGAUUGUGGAUGGCAGAAAAUCACAGUGGAAUGUGGUGAAAACAGUCGUCUUAAUGCUACAGAAUGUUGUUCCAGCUGAGGUGUCCCUUGUUUGUGUAGUGAAGCCAGAUGAAUUUUGGGAUAAGAAAGUGACACAUUUUUGCUUUUGGAAAGAAAAGGAUAGACUUGGCUUUGAGGUUAUUUUAGUUUCUGCCAAUAAAUUGACUCGUUAUAUAGAACCAUGCCAAUUAACAGAAGAUUUUGGUGGGAGUCUCACCUAUGAUCACAUGGACUGGUUAAAUAAGAGGCUGGUUUUUGAGAAGUUUACAAAGGAAUCUACAUCAUUGUUGGAUGAACUUGCUUUGAUUAACAAUGGAAGUGAUAAAGCAAACCAGCAAGAGAAAGAAAGGUCUGUGGAUUUAAACUUUCUUCCAUCAGUUGAUCCUGAAACAGUUCUUCAGACAGGGCAUGAAUUAUUAUCCGAAUUACAGCAGCGUCGAUUUAAUGGCUCUGAUGGAGGGGUCUCAUGGUCUCCUAUGGAUGAUGAACUGCUUGCACAGCCACAGGUUAUGAAAUUAUUAGAUUCACUCCGAGAGCAGUACACCCGCUACCAGGAAGUUUGUAGACAGCGUAGUAAGCGCACCCAAUUAGAAGAGAUUCAGCAGAAGGUGAUGCAGGUUGUGAACUGGCUUGAAGGACCUGGAUCAGAACAACUGAGAGCCCAGUGGGGGAUUGGUGACUCUAUUAGGGCUUCCCAGGCCCUACAGCAGAAGCAUGAAGAGAUUGAGAGUCAACACAGUGAAUGGUUUGCAGUAUAUGUGGAGCUUAAUCAGCAAAUUGCCGCACUCUUGAAUGCUGGGGAUGAGGAAGAUCUUGUGGAACUAAAGUCACUACAGCAACAACUUAGUGAUGUUUGUUAUCGGCAGGCCAGUCAGCUGGAAUUCAGGCAAAAUCUCUUACAAGCAGCUCUUGAAUUUCAUGGUGUUGCACAAGAUUUGUCUCAGCAGUUGGAUGGCUUAUUAGGGAUGUUGUGCGUAGAUGUAGCACCAGCUGAUGGAGCAUCGAUUCAGCAAACUUUAAAACUGCUUGAAGAGAAGCUGAAAAGUGUUGAUGUGGGAUUGCAAGGUUUGCGUGAAAAAGGUCAAGGUCUGCUGGAUCAGAUCUCCAAUCAGGCAUCCUGGGCCUAUGGAAAGGAUGUAACCAUUGAAAAUAAAGAAAACGUGGACCACAUUCAAGGAGUGAUGGAAGAUAUGCAGCUUAGGAAACAAAGAUGUGAAGACAUGGUAGAUGUGCGAAGGUUAAAGAUGCUUCAGAUGGUGCAGCUGUUUAAAUGUGAAGAAGAUGCUGCUCAGGCGGUAGAAUGGCUAAGCGAACUUCUGGAUGCUCUGCUUAAGACCCACAUCAGAUUGGGCGAUGAUGCUCAGGAAACGAAAGUUUUACUGGAAAAGCAUAGAAAAUUUGUUGAUGUUGCACAGAGUACUUAUGAUUAUGGGAGACAGUUGCUGCAGGCCACAGUUGUGUUGUGCCAGUCUUUGCGGUGCACUUCGCGGUCCUCCGGGGACACACUUCCUCGAUUGAACAGAGUGUGGAAACAAUUUACAAUAGCCUCUGAAGAGAGAGUACAUAGGUUGGAAAUGGCUAUUGCAUUUCACUCAAAUGCUGAAAAGAUUUUACAAGACUGUCCAGAAGAGCCUGAAGCUAUUAAUGAUGAAGAGCAAUUUGAUGAAAUUGAAGCAGUUGGGAAAUCACUUUUGGAUAGAUUAACUGUUCCUGUAGUGUACCCUGAUGGAACCGAACAAUAUUUUGGGAGUCCAAGUGACAUGGCUUCUGCUGCAGAGCACAUCAGAGACAGGAUGAAACUAGUUAGUCUCAAAAGGCAGCAGCUGAGACAUCCUGAAAUGGUGACCACAGAGAGCUAAUAGCUACCAGCAUCCUACAGACCUGCAGUUCACAUUCCCGCAUGCCGUUGGCAUUCUGCAGCAUUAGGCACAGUACAUUAAGACACAUCUCACAGCAGGAUAAGCCUCAUUUCCUCCCACAACACGUUUCUCUCCACAUGCUAACACCUCGCAACUACCAAGGCAUAAUUAUUUAACAUGCUUUGAGAUCGUAGACUCCAGGUAUCUUAAAAGAAGGAACUGUAAACAUUGCACUGAAAUCUUGCUUUCAAGCUUUACAUGACCUGUCAGUUUGUAGAUGAACAACUGAUAAUAAGCUUUGAAUGGUGCUAAUAAUAAGAGUCUAGAAAUUCUCCCUAUAAAAACUGGUUGCCCUUCCUCCCCAGGUGAUGUAGUAAAUUUAGACUGUAGUUAAACUGUUAUUAGUAGACAGUGGCAUCCUCAAAAUUUUACUUUGUAAUUCUUUAAAAUUGAUUAUUUUUAUUGUGUCAAUAUGAAGAAAAUUCUUCAGAUCUUUGAUAUAUCAUAUUCAUUAAAAAACAUUUUCCUAUUUGUAUUGAUAAUGUAUUAAAAGUUGUUUGUGCUUAAUAAAAGGCUUCUUUAAACAUCUUAUUUAAUUUGGUAGUUAUAUCCUAUUUUCAAACAUGAGUGCCUUAUUAAAAAGGGCAUUCUUAGGACUGUGAGGAUGGUUUAAUAAUUGUUUUUUCAAGGUUGUUGCAUGUAUUUUAGCCAGAAAAUUCAUAUGUAAGCAUGUAUAUAAUAAAUAAGCAUGUUUUAUCAUGAAAAAUAAUUGUGAAGAAUAAUUUAGAUCUUUAAGAACUUAUUAAUAAUGGGAUACUAUUUCAGAUUUUUCUUUUCUUCAACUUCAAAAAUCUUAUCCAAAUUAUUAACUAUCCUGAAGAUAUUUUGUCUUUAGGGGAGUAGGGCUGAGGAAGAAGGCAUACAUAAUUACUUCAGUGUAAUCCUUUAUAUCAGAGUUACCUUUCUGGAACUAAAGUAGUCAUUGCUAAUAAAAUUUAAUUUCUCAUGACAGACUAGAGGCAAAAUCAUUUCUGAAGUAGUCUAAUAACAAAAGCUGUAUGACUCCUUUAGAAAUAAAAUUUAUCACAAAAUGCUAGUGUUUUUACAUUUGUAUUAACUUUAAAUUGUAAAAUGCAUAUAAUUCAAUUUUUGUGUUACUUUUUAUGCCAGAAGAUUUUUUUAAAGAUGAAAAAUAAUUUUUUAGGCUUGUGAUCAGCAAAGAAUUAUGUGCUGGUUCCUCUUUAUGAUUCACAAACAAGUUAAUGUGUCCUCUGAUGCAAAAGACCUCCUCCCUCUGAACCUGCUGGUUUCUCCAGCCUUCUUCACUGCCAGACCUCUUGAAGAAGUCCACAUCCCUUUGCCUUACAUCUUCAUUUCUCCCUGCGCAGCGCCUUGCAGUCCAGUUUCACACAGCACCCUAAUGAAACUCUUCUUUUGAAAAUCAGGAAUGGUUUUCCAGCUAUUGAACUGAAUAUUUUUUUCUCAGUCUGCAUCUCUUACCCUUCCAUUUACAAAACUGAGCAACCUUUCCUAGACAGCAUCUCCUCCCUUGAAGAUGCUAUCCUCUGCCAUAACUGUGAGUAUAGUCACAUAAUUCAUCUUUACCAUCAUGUGUUCUAACCAUGUGUAUUCUCAGAUUCUGUCCUCAGAAAACUUGUGGCUCUUCUUUAGGUAUCUCAUCCUUAGGGUUUCUGUUUCCUCACAGCAUUUUACAUCACAUAUCUGGUCCAAAACACUAGACUUGUUCUUUGAACUGCCUACUUGGACAAAUAGCCCAGAGGAAGGAUUUCUCCUACUUACCACCCUCUCCUCCUGGAGUAAUUUUGAUUAAUGGUGCAGCACAUUUUCCUAGUCAAACAUGCCAGAUAAUCUAGGGCAAAAUUCAACUGGUCCCUCUUGUCUUAUGUUGUCUACCACUGCUUCUGAGAACAUCAAGGAAGUUCCUUCUGUACUUGAUAAUCUUCUAAGCUUUUAGGGCUUUACUCCUAUAGUAUGAACUUUUGUGAUUCUUCCUUUUGGUCUUCCUGACGGUGCUAGACACAUUUUACACAUCUAUGUUCUGCUAUGUUAUAAGCUCUUUUAAGGGAAAGAUCUUGUCUUACUAGUUCGGUUCCCAGGGUUUUGCUCCAAUAGAAUAGAUGUUCAUUUCCUGCAUGGAUUCUGUUGUAAGCAUUGUAAUAAUCCCUCUCAUAUUUCAGCCUGAAGUUUGUUUUAAACUUAUUUAUUUCCUAAAGUUAGGACUGAGGAGUGAAUCACCUUACAAGAAAGUCUUUUGUUAUUUUAGAUACUUAGUUGUAUAGCUACUUUAGAUAUUCAGUUAUUAUAUUCAUUGUCUUCUGAAUUUUAGAAUUGUUAGAAUUUUUUUAUUAAGACUUUACUAAAAGAGGAACUGAUUUGUUGGUAAUUAUACCAUCAACUCAUGGAUUCAUGAUUGCCAAAAUGAAUUAAUUUCUAUAUACCUUAAGCUCUCCUGCCCACAAAAAGAGUACAAUAAGGCCAAAUUUGGAAAUGUUCUUUCUUAUUUGAGUAUUUCACAUAAGCUAGAUAUGUUUUUUAAAAGUAAGAAUAAAUACUGUUGGUCUUCAUUUGUAAAUUUGCUGCUAUUUUCUAUAUGUGUAUCUGAAUAUACUUGUAGAGUUAUAAAUGAAAGCCCAACAGUGCCCUGUUUUUCGUGUGGUCAGAGUUUACCUUUAGCGCAUGUGAAGGAAGCAACUACAGUCUGGAAUCACAAGCCCUUUGUGUGUCAUAGAUAACACUGACCUGCAGAUGUAACUGAAAAACAACCUCUUAUUUUUCAUAGUACAUGCCGCAACCUCCCAUUUUACUUCAGCCCUUCUCAGGGAAUUGGCUGUGGUGUUGGUUGGGCUAGUCUUGUUUUUGGGUUUUGAAGGAUGUAUUUUUUCUUUUGCUUUCUUAUUGUGUAUUUGCUCCUGCAUAAACUCAAUAUAUAAAGACAUCUUAAUAUCUAUCUUCACUCCUGUCUAACCCAGCAGGUUAUGAUAUAAAGAUGACACCUACAUUUCUGAUCCACUUGGCUUUGUUCCCAGUCCUCAUUGUUGGUGACCUUAUUCUUCAACGGUGGUGCAUUGAUGGUGUUGGUGAAACUGCUUAGUCUUGCCAGCUGGGAUGGUAGAUAUAGGCUUCACAGCCAGAUAGAAGAUUGGACACAUCUCUCACUUAAAGGGAUUUAUAUUAGCUAUUGCUUCUGACGUUAUUUAGUCUUAGUGUGUUUUUUGCUUCAUUACCUUGUCAGUUGCUGUAAUGUGUGCUAUUUAGUUUAUUAUUCUUGUCAAUAGUGUCACACUCCUUAAUGUAUGACAGUGGGUUACUUUUCUGAUAGUGCUAAGCAUACUGUUUUCUGAUCUAAACCCAUGUAACCAGUGGUACGAUUGGUAUGAUAGUGAGGUGAGUUGAGUCUGUCCAACUGUGCAGUGUACAUCUGAAGAACUAAUUCAGAAUUUUCUACUACACUUAAGUUACUUAUCAGCUGCUGUUGUGCACUUCUGCCAUCCUCACAGCCUACCCAAAGUGCACAGAAGCAUAGGAAGAAUAACCUUGCUACUAAAAAAACAAACAUACUUAUGGCUGUUUAAAGUCCUCCAUGUCUUGCCCAUAGGGAGUAGCACAGGUGAAAACAAACCCAAUAAAUGUAUCAUAAUCAGUGACAAGACAUGAAUGAUUAUGGUAUCUUCACUUAAGCCCCAAAAGGAAGUUCUCUAGAAUCAAAAAGAUUGGCUGAGCAUUUAACUGAAUUGGUAAACUCAGCAAUGUUAACUUUUAGUUCUAGAAAUAAAAAAGUCUCGAUUGGGAGUAGAAAAUAUUCUCCUUGUAUGAUGCCAACAAAUACCUUGAUGAGACAAAAUGAAGAAUCCAUUUAAUAUUUGACCUUACUUGACUUUUUGUGUGCCCCAGAAAAAUCUCGGUUUAGCUAAGAAGCAUAAAUAAUGGAAGAAUUGUAGAGGAAUUAUCAUAAAAGCUAAAAUAAGAAUUAGAGUGCAUAUAAUGGAAAGAGUUUGGAGUUUGAACUUGGCUUCAAAACCUGGCAUUGCCAUGUACUGUGACCUUGGUGUUGAAUCAAUGAAUUUCUUUGGGACUGUAAAAUCUAUAAAAUAAAGAAAUCAAGUCAUUUCAGUAAUGAGAUAAAAUUAUGUAAAAAGUGUUAAAAACCAAAAAGUUAUGCAAAAUGGAAGUUGUCAUUGCUCUAAUUAUCUUUUCAGAACAGAAAAUAGAGAAUCCUUUAAUCUCGUUCUGUCUGGAUAAGCAUGGAGGGUAGGGGAAACAGCACGCUGUUCAUGUUUAUUACCCUCUUAGCUACAUCCCUGUCUCACUAGUUUUCAAGGAAAAUAUGCAUACAGAAUUGCAUAUCUGAAAUAUUAGGAGUGGAGUUGGUGAGCUCAUCAGUACAUGGUAAGGCUUUAAACUGACCAAUGCACUGUCGAAGGAGAAGCUGAGGUCACAGUAAGAUGGAAGACUAGCGAUGAAUUUUGUUUAUUUUGAGGUUGACAGGGCAUGACAUGACUCCAUUAAUAAACCGAAGGAAAAGAAAAUCACACUUGAAUUUUCUGUUAAUAAAUCACCAACCUGUAGAAACUAGUAGAGCAAACUGUUGGAAUAUUUAUGAAGUAUUCCAAUAAUGAGUUAAGAAAACACUACUUGAGACCACUGUUAGUUCUGGUUAUAGUUGGAGAAAAGCUGUCUUGGCAAACUUGGGCUGUGAUGAUAAACAGAAAAAGAGUGGUCCUCUACCAGAGAUAAAGAGCUGAGGGUGUUGCAUGACUUAGCAUAAAUACAACGGAGACUUGAAGACUGAAAGAGAUCAUGGAUAUAAUGCUGAAUAUGACUCAACAUCACAGCAGUAGUUUAAAGCACACUUGAAAGCCUGAGAAUAAACACUAGUCCUGUUAUAUCAAAAAAAAGGCAGAACCUGUACUAGGACGUGAAGAACUUAGAGAUCAAAAGAAAGCCAGAACUCUAACUAAAUAUUUUGAAAGCCAGUGAGUGCACUUUUUGAAGAAUCAGAUUAUUUUUGUGAGAAAUCUAUGAGGCAAUAUGAAGCAUGUAUGUCAUAAUAUAGGAAUUCUUAGUUCUUAACAUAGAACUAAAAAUAGUUACUUCAUAUAUUGAGAGCAGUGUUUUGAGGGAUUUUAAAGUCAGGCAUUGGAAAACUAUUUCUGACAAAAGGGCUAUCGAAUUCUGGAAGCCAGUUCCAAGUGAAUCUCAAGGAGGCACCUUAAAAGUAUUUACGAGUUAUCUGCCAUGUCUUCCAGGUAUCCAAAUGUGUCCCUCACUUACAUGCAGGAGGAUGAUGCCCUUCCACUGAGAACACAGUGGCCCAUUCACUGUAUAUGAUCGAGACUCACUUUUUUUUUUUUUUU